ACCAACAGCAGACGCGCCAAAAAGCAUUGGCAAAAAGUGUGGCAGCGUCGAGAUUUGCAAUUAGUUUCAGUUGGCACGGAAUAAAUAAUAAUUUAGGUGAGAAUGAGCACGAGCCUGGACGAAUCAAUAUGCGCAUAUUUUGUCAACAACACAAAAAGCGAAACGGAGGCCGACUUGGCCAUCGCUGAGCAAUAUGCCAACGCAUUAAAGCUGAUGCGCGAGCAGCUGGCGGACACACAAAUCCGGGAGAUACGUGCGAGCGAGGGAUUUCCGCUGAUCGCCGGCGGCGGCCUGACCAAAAAGGAUGUAUUCGUGCUGGCCCACUUCGAGGGCGAUCUAUUCCAGCAGCUGCAGCUGACAAAAGCCCUGGUACUGGGUCCGCCGUGCAUUGUGGAGUGCCUGCGCCAGAACGAGCCGGUGCCGCUGGGCAGCAGCACCAUAUACACAACGGCCAUGCGUGACCUGCAGAUCUCGGCCAGCGGCAUUAGCAGCAAGGAGAAGGACGAGCUGAAGAAGCUGAUACACUGGAUGGGCGGACACUAUUUCCAAAACUUUGGGCGCAACAUCACACAUCUCAUUUCCAAUACUAUCAAGUCCAACAAGUACGAGCAUGCCACGCUCAACGGUGUGUCCGUCAUGCACGUCGACUGGGUGCAGCGCGUCUGGGAGUGCAGUCACAGUGGCAGCAAUAGCAGCAGCAUUCGUGCCACGGACCAGCAGUUCGAAAAGUACCGUCUGCCCACGUUCUUUGGGGCAAAUAUCACGUGCAGCGGCCUGGAGACGGCGAAAAAGGAUGCGGUCAUGCGUCUGGUGAAUGAGAACGGUGGCAUCUAUCAUCGCGCCUUUCGCUCCCAGCAGGUGGACAUUGUGAUCACGGAACAGUCGAAGACCGAUUCCGACAAGUACAAGGCUGCACUGCGCUUCAAAAAGGACAUCCUGCUGCCCGAAUGGGUAUUCGAUAGCCACGAGCGCGGCUAUGCGCUGCCCACCAAACAGUACGAGGUGCGGCCUCGCAAGCAGAUCUCCACGCCCACCAAGCAACACGUCCAUCUGAACGCUGCCGACAACACCCAGCUGUCGGAUCUGUCGCGGAUUAGCUUUGUCAGCGCUCCGGGACGUCGCAUGUGCAGCGACCAGACCACCGUCAACGAGACGCUCAGCAGCAACUGCAGCACCAGCAGCGGCAGCGGCGGCGGCAGAAUCACCCGCAGCGGGAGCGGGAGCGGUAGCCACUUGCCUGCCAAACAGCUGCUCAAGCAGGCCACCGCCAGCAGCGGCAGCAGCCAUAAACAGCAAGUCUAUCAGCAGACUCUGGCCGAGAUUAGUCCGCGCAAGGCGAAGCAGGCGGGCAGCUUCCUGGACGGCUGCUGCGUCUAUCUGAGCGGCUUUCGCAACGCCGAGCGCGAGAAGCUGCAUCGUGUGCUCAAUACGGGCGGCGCCACACGCUACGAUGAUCCGCACGAGGGCCUGACCCACAUCAUAGUCGGCCAGCUGGAGGAUGCCGCCUAUCGGCAAUGGCAGAGCGAAGGACUGCUGCCCACGGUCCAGGUGGUGAGGCUCGAGUGGCUGCUGGAGAGCAUGCGUGCCGGUCACGUAGUCAGCGAGCUGCCACACCGUGUCCAUCUGCCGCAUGGCUGUGAGGCAGCCGACGCCGCCUCGCCGGCCAGCAAGCGUACGCUGCGCUCCAUGAAUCACAGCUUCAAGCAGCCAACGUUGCCCAUCAAGAAGAAGCUGUUCGAGCACGCAGAGGCGCAGCUGCAACCAGAGCCGGAACCUGAACCCGAACCCGAUCUGCUAACACACUACUCCCAGGAACAGGAGCCUGCCAUGCCGUUGCCCGCCGCCAGCUCCACCCAACUGUCGCUAACGGCCCUGACAGCUGCGCCCUCUGCUGCUCCACGGCCCUCUGGUUUGCCUGUCGCGCUGCCCGAUCUGAGCGCAAGCACGCUCUCCAUAGACUUUGACAGGCUGGACUACUUCAUGGGCGCAUCGGUGUACGUGCACGAGGCGUGCUUUAGCAGCGAGCUCUACGACCAGAUGCUCAGCGAGUGCAAGGCCGCCCAGGGCUCCCUGGUGCCGCCCAGCUACACGGAUCCGGUGGACUAUGCCAUUGUCAGCUUCGAGCAGGUGAUUGAUGAGUCCGUGCUGCCUGUGAGUGCCCGUCAUGUGGUCACCGAGCUGUACCUGGAGAGCUGCAUGAAGCAGAACAAGCUGCUUCCCCUGGAGUACUAUCAUCGGCCGGUGCCAUAUGGCGCGCGGCUGGAGCCACUGCGUGGCAUGACCAUUGUGGUGUCCAUUUAUGCGGGCCUAGAGCGUGACUACAUCAAUGCGCUGGCCGAGCUGCUCGGCGCCGUGCUGAACAAGGCGUUUGUGAAGAAGGAGCGGCCGCUUCUGAUCUGCUCCAGUGCCGAGGGCUCCAAGUACGAGGGUGCCCUCAAAUGGGGCUAUCCGGUGGUGCACGCCGACUGGCUGCUGCAGUGCGCCCAACGCGGCGAGAAGCUUCCUUACGCGCGUUUCCUUGUGGGUAAAAGCGCCAGCGAUUUCCCCGUCUCGCCCGGCCUCCGGGAGAGCAACAAGAGCAGCAGCAGCAAAACGCUGACGCCCAAAAGCAAUACGCCUAUCACGCCCCUUAAUAAGUCGUCCGCGGCGGCGGAACAGCAACAGCAGACGCUGCGGGAGGAGGAUAAGGAGCAGCAGCCCCAUCAGCCCGAGUUAACGCCCCUGCGUAAUCCGCGCAUCUCGGAGCUGGUCACGGGAAUGGCCAGCACGCGGCGACGCAGCUCGGGCGGCGCCUCGACGCCCGAGUCGCCGCACACGCCGCUGAACCACAAGACCAGCGCCGGCGGCGCUGCGUGCAAUUUUGAUUUCCUGGAGCAGGUGGUGCAGCGGCUGGACACGAGCCAGGCGCGCGAUUGCGUGCGCCAGAUAAUACGUGAGAUGCGCGAGAACCAAACGCCGGAGCUGGAGCGGAUCAGGCGACAGGCGUGCACGCCCGUCAAUCGCCGCCAGACAACACGACCCGCCCCGGGCAUACCCAAUUUCUGUCUGACUCCCGAGUUCCAGCAGCGCAUGGCCGACGAUUUCGAGCGCCGCUGGCGACUGCCCAAGCACCAGAUUAAGCCGGACACGCCCCUAACGGUCAUAAGGCAGCGUGUGAUGCGCAUCACCUGCGAGACGCUGGGUAUUGACUACAACGCCGCUGAGGGCGGCGAGAGUGUGGAUGAGGAGGAGGAAGCGCAUCAUCAGAAGAGCAGAGGAGCGAUGGAGCCGCCAGUGGGGCGUCUACUAUUCCAGCCAGAGCCAGCGACCAACAUUACGGCAGCCGCCGCCGCCGCACCCGGCUCACCGUUUGUGCCCAGCACCCAGAGUCCCAGAACUGCGAGUGAGGAGCUGCCCAGCGGCAGCACAAUUAACUUUGACAAGAUCAGCUUCGAGGAGACCACGAACAAUUCAAUGGAGCUUAAGCAGAUUACCGACUACCUGAAGAGCCGCGAGUCACGCAGGAGCAGCCUGAAGCGCGACCAUGAGGGUCAGACCAGAAGCGAGGCACAGUAUGUGCAGCCAUUCGAGUCGGAGGGCUUUGCUUUGACCGCCGGCGAGGAUAUUGUGGGCUGGCGUGAUCCCGCCGAGUUCAAUGGAGGCAAGCGUAGCUCCGAUGCCGACUCGCCGCGUAUGCGGUACCAGGGCACGCCCUGCUUCAGCAUCUCCUGCGGCGACGAUGAGCAGAAGCGCACGCUGCUCAUGGAACGCAUUCGGCUGCUGGGCGGCCAGAUCUGCCAGAAUCUUUCCAACUAUGAUGCCGCCUGUACGCAUCUGCUGUGCGAGCGUCCGAAUCGCGGCGAGAAACUGCUCGGCUGCAUGGCGGCCGGCAAGUGGGUGCUGAAUAUCAAUUAUAUCGAGGAGUGUCAUGCCCGUGGCGCCUUUCUCGAUGAGUGUCUAUACGAAUGGGGCAAUCCCAAGGCACUCAAUCUGCCCACACUGGCGCCGGAGGAGCAGCAGAUCGCCGUCGCCGCACAUCGCUGGCGCACCGAGCUAACGGCCGGCAGCGGCGCCUUCAGCGAUUAUUGUGUCAUACUCAGCCUGCAGGAGCGCAAUCUGGCGGCCAUCAAGAAUGUGCUACGUGCCGGCGGCGCCACCAUUUUGGAGCCUAGCUCACCCUUCAGCUCGGACGCAACGGCGGCUAGUGCCACCCACUGCUUCGUAGACAUCAAGAAGGCGCCUCUGGACGCACAGGACUUUGCCUACCUACAGCAGCGCGGCGUCCGCAUCAUGUCCCAAAUGUGCAUCAACAGCUAUCUCAUGGGUGGACGCGAUACCAAUCUGGAGAAGUACGUCCUGCGGCAGUAACAACCGAAUUCCGGAGUUCUUAUAUUUAUCUCCAUUUAAUUUCCUUUUUUUUACUUGUUUAAAUUCACUUCAUGUUUAAUAAUGUUGGAUCUGAUGUCCAGACCCGACCGAAGUCUGAUUUCAAUCUAGUUGUAAGAUUGCUAUUAAAUGUUCGUUUAGAUAAAACCGCAAA